UAUAGAGAUAGUCUCCUGGAGAGUAGCGGAGUCGGGGUCAGAAGAGGCGAGGGCCGCGACCCGGAAGUGGAUCUUCGCGUGCCGCCGAGCCGCACGAGCGGAGCGGGGAGGGACCGGUGGUGCGGGGGUAAAGAAGAACAGCUGCAGCAGUAGCCGAGGAAGAGGACGAAGGACCCGAGACGUCAUGGCUGCCGCCGGCUCGGUGCGAGCCCUUCUUUGACCUGCCGACCCCUCCUUCCCGGCUUUUUUCUCACCAUGGACCUGCUCACCUCAGGGAGUAGCCGCCGCUGAGAAGGGCUGUGCGGCUCUCCUGCCCCGUCCCCCCUCAGGCAGAUCUGCGGCCCUUUCCUUUUGGGCCGCGGCCUUUCCCCCCGUCCUGUGGGGAGGAAGGAAAGGGCUCGGCUAAGCUUCUCACGAAGUCUGCUUUCGUGUAGAUGUAGUCAGGGAAGGUUUUGGAAGGCCUAAGUGUGGGGGCCUUCUAGCCAGCUUAGGUCCUCACUCUUUGGAUGGGCUCCUGUAAGGAUAGGACUCUUUGGGGAGCACCGUUUCGAAGGGUGGGCUUCAGUUUGGAGGGGAACAAGGCCCUAAGAUCCUCUGGGAGUCUAGAUUAGGGCUGUAAAAAGAUACCUGAGAACUGGGAAGGGUUUCUGGAGGGGUAGAGUUAUACAGUUGUUGUUGCCAUCGUUCUUACUGAGGGGUUUUUUGUUUGUCUUUUGUUUUGGUAGCGGGUGCAUAAAAUGGGGUCCUAAAUAGGUACUGCCAGAUCUAAAAAGAAACUCUGGUGGACUGGAUUUAACAAGCUUCUGCUUGGUCACUUCAGGUAGAUCCAAAUGUAGUUUAGUAGUAUCUUUGGGUUUCAUUUAGGAGGAGGAGGAUUCUGUUGGGGUCAUGCCAGGUUUUCAGAUCUGGGUUAGGUGACAGUUUCCAUGUUGAAGAAUAGGAGUGUCUGGAGGUGUGAAAGGUGACUGCAGCUUGUUGGAGGAAAACACUCCUUAUUGGAGGUUGGGUGUGAAACAAUGGUCUUGGAUUCCAGGAGAUAUCUUUGGUUGCCCCAUAAGUAAAGGACUUCUUGAAUGUGGAGAUCUAGAUUCAUUCUGUUAGUGAAAACUAAGUUGUAACUAUUCUGUGUACCUUGAGGGGUGAGAGUUCAUCCAUUAUUUCCUGUGAAUCCCCCCUCCCCCUGCACUCUCCUUGCUGUGGUUUUCCAUCAAGUGUUUCUGAUGCCAGAACAAGGCCCCAGAAUGAACGGUUUCUCUCUGGGUGAGCUGUGUUGGCUCUUCUGCUGCCCACCUUGCCCCAGCCGCAUAGCAGCCAAGCUGGCUUUUCUGCCCCCAGAGCCUACUUACACUGUGAUGCAGCCUGAACAGCCGGAAGCUGCAGCUGCAGUAGGAACUCCAACAGGUAGCUGCAGCCUGCACUUGACUGAGCGGGCAGACUGGCAGUAUUCCCAAAGGGAACUGGAUGCUGUGGAAGUCUUCUUUUCGCGCACAGCCCGAGAUAACCGGCUGGGAUGCAUGUUUGUGCGUUGUGCUCCUUCCAGCCGGUAUACACUGCUUUUCUCCCAUGGCAAUGCUGUUGACCUGGGCCAGAUGUGCAGCUUCUAUAUUGGCCUAGGUUCCCGCAUCAACUGCAAUGUCUUCUCCUAUGAUUAUUCUGGGUAUGGAGUGAGCACUGGUAAACCAUCUGAAAAAAACCUUUAUGCAGACAUCGAUGCAGCUUGGCAGGCCCUCAGAACAAGGUAUGGUGUCAGUCCUGAGAACAUCAUUCUGUAUGGACAGAGUAUUGGAACUGUUCCCACUGUGGACCUGGCAUCUCGGUAUGAGUGUGCAGCUGUAAUCCUUCAUUCACCCUUGAUGUCUGGUUUGCGCGUAGCUUUUCCGGACACUAGGAAAACAUACUGCUUUGAUGCUUUCCCAAGCAUUGACAAGAUUUCUAAAGUAACCUCUCCUGUGUUGGUGAUUCAUGGUACCGAAGAUGAAGUAAUAGAUUUCUCGCAUGGCUUGGCAAUGUAUGAGCGAUGUCCCAGAGCAGUCGAGCCCCUCUGGGUGGAAGGGGCUGGCCACAAUGACAUAGAGCUUUAUGCACAGUACCUAGAACGACUAAAACAGUUCAUAUCGCAUGAACUCCCCAACUCCUGAAGAAACCUACCUGACCGUUUCUUUUCUUUUCUUUUUUUACCUCAGUUAACUGUGAAUGGAAGAAUUUCCCUGUUUUUGCACAUGCAUUAACUGGAUUAGCUGUAAUAGCUUUAUACUUUGAAGAAAUGCCCUCUCAUUAGGGCGGAUCCGAUCAAGUCUUGACUGUCUUUUAUAUCAGGAAGCAAUUCUAACAGUCGCUACUGUAAUCCCCAAUAUUUUUUACCUUCUUUAUCCUAGAAGAAUUCGAGUUGUGGAAGAAUACUAGCUGAUCAUAAGGAUUCUACUUAACCUAGUACAAGCUAAUGCUCCCAAACUUUUUUGUAUCGCACCCUUCAUAUUUCUUGUCUUUUUCUUGGUUUUUUGUUUUUUCUUUUCUCUCUUUUUUUUUCUUUUUUCCUUUUUUUGAAAAUCUUCCCACAAUCUGGAAUGCAAGCAAUCUGACGUACAGCUUCAUACUGAGUUAUGGAUUCAGUCUUAAGUGCAUUCUCCAUGUAACAUUUCUAGCUGUGCUGUUGUAACUGGAAAGUUUUGGUGGUGAUUUCUCAUUGUGGUUAUUUGGAGUUUUUUGGGGUGGUAAGCAUACCUUCCUGAGUAACUUAAUGAAAAUUUCAUGGGGACACACAAUUUCUAAAUGGGGCUGAUUCUGAAAUAACAUUUCAUCCAUUUUAUGCAUAUUUACAAGAUGAAAUAUUCUUAAAGGAAUCAUGACUAGAUGGUUAACCCUUUAAUUCUUUUUACUUAAAAGUUGUGUAAAUUUACUAAAACACAUUAUUCAGAUGAUGUCUACAGUCUGAGUAAGAGCCAAGUCUGGCAUUUCCUUCUGUAAAGUAUUCCUUAUAGAGGUUUUUAAAAGCAUUGUACAUAAGUGAAUUUACAUUAUACAUAACUCCUGAUCGGUAGUUUAAAAUUUUAAGUCUAGUUAACAAAUUCUGGUUUGUAUACAAAUAUGUUUUGUUAUAAGUUUUUAUCCCUGCAUUAUUUUGCUAUUAAAAGUUUUAUAAGAUUUCCAAGACAACAAAAAAAUUACACAUUUGUUUUUGAUGAAUUUAUGUAAAAAAAAACCUUUAAUUGAAACUGACCUUUUGUUUAGGGGAAACUUUACAUUCUCUGACACUGGAAUCGCACAGAAUAUGCAAAACACUUAGAAUCAUUACACUAAGAGGCCUAAGGUUUUUCCCAAAUUGAAUGGCCUUAAAUGUACUGUAAGCCUCUGAUUGUUGUAAAAAAAUGGAUCGCGAUUGAUUAUGGUUUGUGUACUUGUUGCCUGAAUGCAACAACAGUGGUUGUAAUGGAAUAAAGGAUGCAUGGAAUAGAGAA